AUAAAAUACAGUAUUUCCAUGUAUUAUAAAAACUACAUGUAAUCAAAUAAAAUGAGUGAUAUUUGAGUGAUAAAAAACUCAGAACAAAAAUCUUAUCAGUGUAAUAAUAAAUUCAAUCAAAUUUCAUAUAAUUUUCAUAACAUUUCAUACAAUCUUACAUUUCACAAUGUCGAAUGUAGUUGACGAACAACCCCCGGUACAAAAGUUAUUAAUACCAAGUCCUAUUAUAACGAAACGAACUCGAACUGCUUCAACAUCUGCUCGUGCAUCAGAGCGUCCUGAAUCUAACGGAGUCAUAAAAUCUUUUUGUCGAGCUAAAGGUCAUGGUUUUGUUCAACCUAAAGACGGUGGAGAAGAUUUAUUUGUUCAUAUAUCUGACAUCGAAGGAGAAUAUGUUCCAUUGCCUGGAGAUGAAGUGAAAUACAGAUUAUGUCCGAUACCACCGAAAUUUGAAAAAUUUCAAGCUGUUCAAGUUCAUAUUAUUAAUUUGACACCAGAAGUUCAUUUAAAAUGGGACUGUUUACCAUCUGAACACUAAUCAUUAUUCAUGUGUCAUAAUUUUUUUUUUUUUAUUUUAAAAUAUUGAAAAAACAAAAAAAGUAUUAUAUUUUGAUAUGUUGUAUGUAUUUCAUUGUUGGAAGAAAAGUCAUUAAUAAUUUUUGAAAAUUUAUUGUUUACA